UUGUGCCUCUAAGAAGGUACGCCCACCCUCAAGCGAUCAGGAUAGUUUGGUUUGUGGAAAGAAUGCGCGUGUCUGCGGACGGUCCGUGACAUCUUGGUGACCCCGACGUGAUCGCUUUAGGGUGAGGCGGUACUAGGCGAGGUGGUUUACAUAUAGUGUACAAAAGGUAUUAUUAGUACUGUAUCUGGUGGAUUAUUUUGACUACUCUUGUUUUGCCAUCGUAGGGUACAUUUCUUUAAAUUUUUCUUGAGAAAACAUGAAGUUACCCGACGUGGAUAGUUUCAUAGCCCAGGGUCAGGAACUGGGUUAUACUAACAGUGCCCUGGAACAAUACGUCGAACAGUGUCUUGAGAGGUUCGACGAGGAACAAGAGAGAGAAUGGGCAGCAAGAGAAGCGGAAUGGCUAGCCAAGGAAAAAGAAAGAGAAAGAGAAGAAAGGGAAAGAGAGAGAGAAAGGGAGUUUGAAUUAGAAAGACUUAGGCUACAAGCAGAAAGAUUAUCAAGAGUGAGAACAGCAGACAGAUUAGAAAGAGAAGCUGAAGCUGAAAGGGCAGCUAACGAAAGAGAAGCUGAGGCCGAACAAGAUGACGGUCAGGAGUUCACCGCUGUGAGCCAGGGUGCAGGUGAGGGCCCGCGAUCACCUCGUAAGAACGGGCCGCGUGACGACAGCACACGGUGUCACGAUUAUUUCCCAAGAGCUCGGUAUACACCAGAGAACAGGUCUCCAAAUUUCAGUAGGAAGAUCAAAUGUUAUGCAUGUAAGGGAUUCGGACAUAUUGCCAGAGUGUGCGCCAACACACUAGGGACUUCCCGGAGGCAAUGCUACAAUUGUGGACGUUAUGGUCACAUUGCCCGGAACUGUCUCUACCAGAGAGCUCAAUAUUUAGGACCCAAUAAAUUCAUACUGAGAAGGAAGAACCAGAGUAUGUCACAAAGAGAAAUGCAAGUAGCUCAGAAAGAAACAACAUCUUCUGGCAAUCGGCAUCGAUGGACAUCAUCGCGCCAAUGUUACACCUGUGAAGAAUUUGGACACAUCGCCAAGGAGUGUCCCAACCAUAAACACAAAGAUUCCACGAGUGGAAAUGAGAAAAGAGAUAGCAAAGAUCUUGAGAAUAUCAUCACACGAGUGAAAUCGCUGGAGGAAAAAUUCGAGGCAGAAAGAGCUGCUCACCUGGAAAUUAAAUGUACCUUAGAAAAUGUCCAGGUGCGUCUCAGGAACCUGGAGAAAACAUUAGAAGCGGAGAAAGCAGCUAACAAGUAUGAUGGGGCAGAGAAAGAUUUGAUAAAACAAGUCAGGGAACUUGAACAAACAUACGAUGAGGGAAAAGCAAGGAAAGUGUAUCUGAGAAGUCAACUGGGAAAAAGGAAAGAAGAAAAGACGGACAUUAGCAUUACAAGAAUUCCAGUUUUUUGUAGAAACUAUCAAAGGAACAGUCUUUUAAACCACAAAAGGCUUAUUUCAAUGGAUGCUAGCUCUUCAAGAGUUUCAGUUUUCAGCUGAGACGAUUAAGGGAACAGAGAAUCUUCUCGCUGACAAUCUAUCCCGGGUGGAGUGGGACCAAUUUAUCCCGUAGAAGUGAAAGAAAGAAAAAUUCUUAAAUUGAUUUUUUCAUUCUUUUUUUUUCAGGAGGGGAGGAAUGUAACGGAUAAGUACUUAGUAGAGGGGGUUAGGAGGGAAGAUCGACAACCGUGGUUGA